AUGUUGGAUAUCGUUGCGGACUACUCAGAGUAUAGAAACAUGUGCAAAGUAAGCGACACUACCUCUUUGACCAGAUCUGAUGAUGCUUCAAGCAAAAAUGCUGUCAGAAAGAGAGUAUCCUUCUCUGAUGAAGAUCAAGUGAUCAUGCUACAAAGACCAGAUCCCUCUUUGCUUGCAGACUUGUUCUACACCGCUGCUGACUACCGAAGGUUCCGGGCUGAAUAUGUACAGGAGCAACUGAUGACCGACAAUCAAAGGCAGCAGAAAACCAAGUAUGCCUCAUACAGCUCCCCAAGGAAGCCACAACGAAGACGGAGCAUGCAGCGAAGACAACCCCCCAAAAUCGAGACCGACAGCAGUACUGUUGGAAGAAGGCUGCCUCCACGCAGACUGCCUCCUCGACAGAAAACGGUGCCCCCUUCAGGAGGACGAUGGAGUUCGGGUGUAUCUGACAAAGGAGCCACAGCUGUGCCCAGAAAGUGUUGUGUGCAGCGAUCUCCCCUGUCAUGCCACAGCUUGCACUGA